AAGCAGGGGGAUAUCCUCGGUCGGUCAAUAAUUUAUCCACAUCGUUUUAACUUUAACCAUUAAGUUAUUCUCGUAUAUUCAUGAGGAAGAGUAUGAAAAUUCCAACGCAAGUAAUGCCCGUCGUGUCAGAUCCAGUGCGAGCGAAAGCUUUGAUUCGGUUGGAAUUGGGAAAGCCGAGUUCAUUACUUCGAAGUAGAAUGCCUAACAUUAAAGUUUUUAGUGGUACAUCGCAUCCAGAUCUCGCACAAAGAAUUGUCGAUCGAUUGGGCAUUGACUUGGGGAAAGUAGUCACCAAGAAAUUUAGUAACUUGGAAACAUGUGUCGAAAUUGGGGAGUCUGUGCGAGGUGAAGAUGUAUAUAUUGUGCAGAGUGGGAGUGGUGAAAUUAAUGACAAUUUAAUGGAGCUUCUUAUCAUGAUUAAUGCCUGCAAAAUUGCUUCAGCAUCACGUGUGACCGCUGUAAUACCCUGCUUUCCCUAUGCAAGGCAGGAUAAGAAGGAUAAGGCUGGUGGAGAUGGAGAAGGUACUGGACAUGAAUUACCAGUUUCCUUCACAAUGAAGGUCAACGAAUGGAAGUUCCGGAGCCGUGCCCCUAUCUCAGCCAAGCUUGUAGCCAACAUGCUUUCUGUUGCUGGAGCUGAUCAUAUUAUCACAAUGGACUUACAUGCGUCACAGAUCCAAGGUUUCUUUGAUAUACCAGUAGAUAACCUGUAUGCUGAACCCGCUGUUUUAAAGUGGAUAAAGGAAAAUAUUAUUGAGUGGCGAAAUAGCAUAAUUGUGUCACCAGAUGCUGGUGGUGCAAAAAGAGUAACGUCGAUAGCAGAUCGGCUUAAUGUUGAGUUUGCCCUGAUCCACAAAGAACGUAAAAAGGCUAAUGAGGUAGCAUCAAUGGUUUUAGUAGGUGAUGUUAAGGACAGGGUGGCGAUAUUGGUAGACGAUAUGGCUGAUACAUGUGGCACAAUUUGCCAUGCAGCUGAAAAAUUACUUGAGGCUGGUGCAACAAAGGUAUAUGCCAUCUUGACUCAUGGUAUUUUCUCUGGACCAGCUAUAUCAAGGAUCAAUAAUGCAUGCUUUGAAGCUGUUGUUGUUACCAAUACAAUACCACAAGAACAGCAUAUGAAAGACUGCCCCAGGAUACAGUGUAUCGACGUAUCCAUGAUGUUUGCAGAAGCUGUGAGGAGAACUCACAAUGGUGAAUCUGUGUCAUAUCUUUUCUCAAAUGUUCCUUAUUGAAAGACUCAUUAGUGAAGCAUUCACAGUUUUUACACCUCCGUCUGCUUCGUUAAUAAACCGGGCAACUGUAUGCUUGUGGGUUGUUAUACUUUUUAGUCAAUCAGUCAUAUGUGUACACAAGAAUCUCAGCUGUACUACCUGCAUUUCUAUUGGAUGUUGUUGGAUAAAUAUUGUACCUAUAUUUAACUUCUCCCAUGCAAUAAGACAGCAUAGUCUGGAUUAUGCAGUAAUGAAUUGUGAAGUUAAUAAUUAACAAUUUUUUGUUGAAUUUGAUUCUAAGUAAAAAAUGCAUAGUUGCAAACAUAUUAUUCUUUCCUUCAUGGGUUCUUAGGCCGAACUACUCUGAUCGGGAGUAGAAUCGAGGUCUGUACCAGUUAUCCACAAGUUUGUUUUAUACAGAAAUUUUUGCAGUACUGCUAUAAUUGUGACCAUGCUUACUCAUAGUGCGAAGAUUGCAAUGAAAGUUAUAAUUUUAAGCCUGUAGAGUAGAUGAUUGCCAUUAUAUUCUUAUAAGGGCUACAUAUAUCAUACAGUACUAAGUGAAAGACAGAUGGUCUAGAUAUGCAUCUACAAUAAAAUAAUUUAAUUGUUUCACCUAUAUAAACAUCAGAUAUUAUGAUGGAAACAGCCCUUAAAAUAUAACUGAAACUUACAUUCAAUAGAAAUAUAAUAUUGAUUGAAAUGAAACUUUGUGAGGUCAUGGUUUAUGUCAAAAUGUAUGUGUUACAAAUGUCAAAUACAUCAUUUUGUAGUAAUCGGUCUCCCUUAAGAUUCUGUGUGAUUCUUCCAGUGAGUUGAUGUGUUAGUUACGCCUCAUCUUUUCUGCGUACAAUUCACAUUGUCACCUUGUGGAUCUUUUGAGUACUGUGCUGGUGUAGUUAAUCAGAGCUGGUGAUGUAAUCUUAGAACUGAGAUGUCAUACAUUGAUACAGAGAUGAUUUGUUAAACAUAUUGAUGUAGCCAUUUAGAAUUUGGCUAUCUUCUUGUGUUACAUUUGACAGCCAGAAAUGUUUCAUUAACAUUGCAGUUUUGCAUUAGAAUCUGCAUGUGCCAUUGCUCUAGUUUUACAGACUUAGUUCAUAUAUUAUUAAAAUGAAAUGAAAGGAUUUUAUUUAUGAAUUGCCUAGAACUAUGUAACAGAUUUUUAUGGUAACAGAGGAUAAGUUUGUGCAAAUAAUUGCCAAAACUAGAUUUAUAUCCUGGCAUAGUCUGCAUUCCUACAUGCUGUUUCUGUGAAGGCUUAUGUUCACCAUUUUGAGUAUUCUUACAGACAUAUAGUUUUAACUGAAAACAUUUGUAAAGAACUCAACAGGAAGGGAUUAGAAACAGCUGGAAUUGUUUGCGUGAGAAACAUGAAGUUCACUGAGUGCUUACAGCUGAAUUUCUGUGAUACAAAUUUGAUCAGAAUCACACGUUUCUGCACACUGACUAUAUGAACUCAGCUGCUGCUUCAUAUUUAGUAAACUAUUCUAAGAGAUGGAGACAUAAGGGAUUUCAUAUGUGCUCUGUGUGACCACAGCUGUGCCAAAUCUGAUUGAUCACAGUAUGACCUCUAUUAAAUUUUUUCUGUGUCUGUUAUACUUCGCAUACUUGUUUUUAAAAUAACUUCUUUUUGAGUUAUAAAGGAGCUUGGGUAGCUCAGUCAGUAUAGUGACUGGCUACAGACUGGACAACUGCGGUUCAAUCCCCGACAGGGGGAGAGGAUUUUUCCUCUAGCCUCUGCUUCCAGACCAGCUCUGGGGCACACCCAGCCUCCUAUCCAAUGGGUACCAGGGUUCUUUCUCAGGGGUAAGGCGUGACCAGGGUGUGAUGCUAACCACUUACUCCCAUCUAGUUCCAAGUUUAAUGAGUUGGAGCCAUAUAUCCUCUUCCCCCCAAGUGCUUACAUGGCAUAUAGUGGGACAGCAUUACUUUUUUAUGACAUUUAACAUAAAAUCUUCUUGUCAAAAUAUCAGGCAAAUCAAAUCUCAGAAUUUCUGUAGCUCUCUAACACAGCUGUUUUAAGUUUAGUACCCUGGUAGGCAUUUAUCUUUGAGGCACUUGUGACUGAUCAUAAUCUGCUAAAAUCUGUACUCUGUAUAGAGAAAUAUAUCAAUGAAAUACUUAAUUUUUAACAUGAUUUAUUUGGGAAAGUUUAGGGGAUUCAUAAUAGUUACUUUAUAAUAAAAAUAUUGUCCUAAAAUGUAAUUUUUAAGUAAAUUUUGUUGUAUAUAUAGCCUUUGACAUGCAGAAUAAUUUGUUCCCAAAUCUGAGACUUUGUGUAUUAAAAAGUGUGAUGAUGCAGCUUAUCAUUGUAGACUACUUUUAAUUACCAAAGAUGAGGCUGUAAUGUCCUCCUCCGAGGACUAGCCAGCCUACUUUGAAUGAAGCAUUUUUUAGAUUAGUUUGCUCUUAGAAUGUUGGUUCAUUUUCAGGAUGGUUAGCUGUCACAUAUGGUGGCAUGGUACAAAAUGGAUACUCUUUGUGGUGAAAGUACAUUAGUUGAUAAAUAAUUUGGAGUGAUCAGGGUUCUGUUCCUCCACACCUCACCCUAAUGAAGACCGAGCUGCAGUGAGUUUGUAAUCCUUAUAAAACAGUAAUUGAAUGUGGAUAUGGACUGUCUUAUUGUAUUUUUGAGCACACUGCAACUCGCAUGUGAACAUGUGAUGUAGGUUCCUUGGUAACUAGCAGAUGAUGUGUUUUUGAACCCUUGUGUUUGGUGGAAAAAAGUAUCAUAUUACAAAAAAUGUAUUGAAAGUAGAAUAUGAAAUUGCCAAAUAAAGUCCUUUUUUUUAA